GUUAGGAGAACUGUGUACGUUUCAUUCGUUCAUUCAUUCUUUUUAUAUUUUUGUGAAGAUGGAUCGGAUUCGGAGUCUCUUUCUCUUGGUCGUGUUCUCUCUGCUGCUCGUCCCCUAUGUUUCGUCGGAGACUCUGGCCGCUGAAUCCAACGACCAGCCGUUGAUCAGGCAGGUUGUCGACGGCUCCGGCGACGGCGAUCUCCUGCUCGGCGCCGAGCACCACUUCUCGCUGUUCAAGCGCCGGUAUGGAAAAUCCUACGCGAGCCAGGAGGAGCAUGACUAUAGGUUCCAGAUUUUCAACAACAACCUUCGCCGAGCCAAGCGUCAUCAGAAGUUGGACCCGUCAGCCACUCACGGCGUCACUCAGUUCUCCGAUCUUACCCCACAUGAAUUUCGUAGGACCGUGCUAGGGCUCAGAGGCGGCCUCAGACUCCCUUCCGAUGCCAACAAGGCUCCCAUUCUACCUACCGACAAUCUUCCUGGGGAUUUUGAUUGGAGAGAUCAUGGAGCCGUUGGACCUGUCAAAAAUCAGGGUUCAUGUGGAUCAUGCUGGAGUUUCAGCACUACAGGUGCUUUAGAAGGUGCUCACUUCCUUGCCACUGGAGAGCUUGCCAGCCUCAGCGAACAACAGCUUGUGGACUGUGAUCAUGAGUGUGAUCCAGAAGAGAAAGGAUCCUGCGACUCUGGAUGCAAUGGUGGACUCAUGAAUAGUGCCUUUGAGUACACACUUAAAGCUGGUGGACUUAUGCGAGAAGAGGAUUAUCCUUACACUGGUACUGAUCGUGGGACCUGCAAAUUUGAUAAGACCAAGAUCGCAGCAUCAGUUGCCAACUUCAGUGUUGUCUCCCUUGAUGAGGACCAAAUAGCUGCCAAUCUAGUGAAAAAUGGUCCUCUUGCAGUGGCCAUCAAUGCAGUGUUCAUGCAGACAUACGUUGGAGGAGUUUCAUGCCCAUACAUAUGCUCAAAGAGACUGGAUCAUGGUGUGUUGUUGGUGGGUUAUGGUUCAGCUGGCUACGCUCCCAUCAGGAUGAAGGACAAGCCAUAUUGGAUCAUAAAGAACUCGUGGGGAGAGACAUGGGGAGAGAAUGGAUACUACAAAAUCUGCAGAGGCCGCAACAUCUGUGGUGUGGACUCCAUGGUCUCGACUGUAGCAGCUGCUCAUACUACCUCACACAAGUCUUAGAGAAUCAGCCUAGUUCACCAACCCUUCUAAAUUGACUGUAAAUAUUUUUAUCUGUGAGUUUCUAUUUCUACCAAACCAGAAACCUUUUAAGGCAUGUAUUAUUAGGGUCGUCUAAAACACUAAGUAUUACUUUAAGUUUAUGUGGUGAGCUAGCUUUUACUCUGCUUUGGAGAUUGGAACAUGUAUUACAAUGUCAAAGAUUCCUGUUUGAAAGUGGCUGGUUAAUAAACAUAAAUUAAGAUGCA